AAAAUUCGAUUACCACUACCAACUCAACCUACAACUGUAUACAGUAUACCAAAUCAUUCUUUAUUUUUAAUUUUCUACGUUUUGUCAAAACCCAAAAUUCAGAUUGGUAAAGAAAGAUUGGGAAAUUAAAUUAAUGAUCAUGAAUCCGGAGGAAUUAGCCAUGAGAGCUAUAAACCACGCUUUGAAUGCCUUAAAAAAACGUCAUUUACUUGAAGAAGGAGCUCAUGCUCCAGCUUUUAUAGCGCUUUCAAGGCCUUUCGCAUCUCAGGGUUCAGAAUGGAAAGAAAAAGCGGAAAACUUUGAAUUAGAACUGCAACAAUGUUAUAAAGCACAAUCAAGAUUAUCUGAACAACUUGUGACAGAAGUGGCAGAAUGUAGAACUGCAAAAGCAUUGGUACAAGAGAAAGAAACAUUGAUUAAUGAUCUUCAAACUGAGGUUACUCAGACAAGAGAGGAGUGCUCGCAAUUGAAAGAAAGCCUGGAAGAAAAGACGAAAGCGCUGGAUUUGGUAAUGAGUGAGAACAAAGAGCUAAGAGCACAGCUAGAAGAAAUGACUUUGAAGGCAAAAACUGCUGAAGAUGAAAACAAGAUGUUGAUUGAUCGUUGGAUGUUGCAAAAGAUGCAGGAUGCUGAACGACUUAAUGAGGCUAACGCUUUAUACGAAGAAAUGAUGAAUCGACUAAAAGCCAGUGGUUUAGAACAGCUUGCAAAUCAGCAAGUUGAUGGUGUGGUCCGACAAUUUGAAGCAGGAGCUGAGAACUUUGCUGGAUCAACCGUUCCCACUGCUUGCAAGCACAAGAUACCAGCCCAUGAAGGUGGGUGUACUUCAAUCUUGUUUGAAUACCAGUCAGAUAGGUUAAUCAGCGGGGGUCAAGAGCGCAGUGUCAAAAUUUGGGAUACGAAAACUGGGAUGCUUACCCGUACUCUGGAUGGAAGCCUAGGCUCUAUUCUUGAUCUCACUGUUACCCAUGAUAACAGAUACAUUAUUGCUGCAAGCAGCUCGUGCAACUUAUAUGCAUGGGAUGUGAAUUCUGGCAGGAUUCGUCAUACUCUUACAGGCCACAAAGACAAAGUUUGUGCUGUAGAUGUGAGCAAAGUUUCAAGCAGUCUUGUAGUUAGUGCUGCUUAUGAUCGAACGAUAAAACUUUGGGAUCUACAGAAAGGCUACUCUACUUUGACGAUGAUGUCCCACAGCAACUGUAAUUCUCUUUGUUUUAGCAUGGACGGACAAACAAUUUGCACAGGUCAUACUGAUGGAAACCUCCGGUUGUGGGAUAUUACAAAAGGGGAGGUAGUUAGUGAAGUUGCUGCACAUUCAAAUGCCAUUACAUCAAUCAGUAUCUCUCGAAGUGGUAAUAUUAUAUUGACUAGUGGAAGGGACAAUCUGCACAACCUAUUUGAUAUGCGUUCAAUGGAAGUUUGUGGCACGUUUAGGGCAACAGGGAACAGAUUGGCAAAUAAUUGGAGUCGUUCCUGCAUCAGUCCAGACGAUAGCUAUGUUACAUCAGGUUCUGCUGAUGGUUCUGUUUAUGUUUGGUCAAGAUUUAGAUCGGACGUAGUGAGCACUUUAAAGGAAGAUUAUUCUCCUAUCAAUGCUUGUGCAUGGAGUGGGUUGGGAAAGCCCUUAGUUUCAGCAGAUAAGGAUGGAACUAUUUGCAUAUGGACAUGAUACAUUUAUUGGCUCUUCAAUCGUUGUGGAUUAAAUUAAGAAGGGUCCUCUUAACUUGUAUACCCGUAUACAUGUUAAGGUGCAUUAAAUUAACAUUUUUUUGCAUUAGAAACAAGAUUUGUUUGUUUUAUUGCAAUGAAAACAACAAUUUUUUGCAUUGGGAACAUGAUUUGUUGUUUUUAGUGUAAGAAUUACCAAUUUCUAAUAGAAUAAGAUAAAAAAACACAAUUUCCAAUACCA